AUGAAUAACCAGGCGCGGGCGUCACGCCAUGCCUCAGGCAUAUUACCUUCAAAACAAUUUUUUGCUCCAAGAAAGCCUAUUUCACAAACCGCAAGACGAAAGUCCACCAGUUCACCAAAUCCUCCUCCACCUACAUAUCAAGCAACAAAUAAAACUACACUCACUUCUACAUUUUCUAACAUUCAAUCUGAAGAAGUUUCUCUUUUACACCAACCUUCAAAUACUCGUUCAUCGAUCUCAAUUCCACCUAACCAAUCUCUUGAUCAAACACUUGACACUCUAUUUAGUCCAGAGUUAUCGCAAGGUGUACCAAGCAGGACUUUGGAACCCAGCCGACCUACCAGCGCGCUUCUUCUUCGACGAUUAUAUCGUCAACCAAGUGGAAACGAUGAGUUAACACAGAAUUCUAUUGAUUCUGUCCUGGAACCUAUUGCACAAGUUUCAGAAUCAACGUAUUAUCAUCAAAAUAAUGGUUCUAAUUUGAUAUCGCGGGAUUUUGCAUUUUCAAAAUAUUCAGAAAAUAUAUCAUCUAACACGAAACUUAACAUAAUAACAUCAAAAUCAUAUUCAAGUGCACCUACGAAAUAUACCAACUUUAACGCAAAUUCAUAUGCAUCUGCUGUAAAAUACAUGCCACGAAUUAUUCCACAACCAACAUCCAUGCACCAUGCUAAUGAUAAUAAUAAGAGGGGACGCAAACGUCUUUAUCAAAAUUGGCCUGGAAGAAAUCGAUUUUUUUUAGGUGGAAGAGUAAUGACCAGCAGAGAUUUUCCUGCAUUUUUAGUUGCAUUCUCUACACUUAUAAUACCAUCUGGACUUUUUAUGGGAUUUACGUUUGUAUUCUUUAGUGUAUUUACAGCAACUAAUAUGCUUAAAACAUCAUGGUCUGAUCCAGGGAUUCGAGUACCUUUGGCACGAAGGAAUAGAAAUCCUUUUGAUUAUAGAAAUAUUUAUAGAAAUUGCUUAUGGAUACUUUGUCGACCUAUGACACGAAGAAGAGCUUUUAUUGAAGAAGGUGAUGACGAUGAAGAUACAUUGAAUAACACACCAACACAACCAACAAACAAUACAAAUACCGAAACAACAAAUCCGGAAAUUACUAAUGUUAUAAAAAUAUCCACAAACAAUGAAUUAACCAAUACAAAACAUAUCACUACUACUAUUAUCCCCAUAACAGAAUUACGCAAGCAACAAGAACAACUUGAUGUUAAUGUUAUUUAG